AGUUUUGAUUGGUUACCUUGUAAAGUCACGGUCAUUGUUUAGACUUUAGACUAAAUCAGCAUGUCUCAGGUAAAAUUUUGCUAAAAACUGUAUAUUUAUUAUGCAAUAAGUGAUUGAAAAACACUACACAAAUAAAAAUAAUAUUAAAAGUUCAGAUACUACAAAAAGAUUUAAAUAUAUUAAAUGAUUAUAAGCCUAGAUUCUUAAUUUUCCAACCGGCUCAAUGUUCAAAUCUAAGCCUAUUCAUUCAAGAUCAAAUAUUUUCAGACCAUAAGCGUGCAAAUCCUGAAUCGUAAUGACAAAAUUCUGGCAACAUUGGAUAACGUAAGUAUGAUUUUGUUGCUCUACUAAUAUUCAUGUUUCUAUACUUUGAAAUAUUACUAAAUCAGUUGUCAGGAUCAUCUACCAUUAAAGAUGUCAAAGUCGCCUAUGAAAGGAUGUGUAAGUUACAUUUGCACGUAUAUACCUUUACUAAACAUACAAUAUGCUAAGAAGAUGUUAAUUUUAAAAGUCAAAAUAACUAACGCUUUAUCGAGAUACUUGAUUUUCGUACAGACAUUGAGAAAAGUAACAUUACUUUUUUCCUAACAGUUUCUAAAUAUUAUCAAGAUCGUCAAUCCUACCGUUUGGAGCCCAGAGGGAAAAUGUUGAAAGACAAUGAAACUCUCGGAAAUGUUGGAAAUCCUAAACAAUUAUAUUUUAAAGAUUUAGGACCACAAGUUGGGUGGACAACUGUCUUCCUGACAGAAUAUAGUGGACCUCUUUUCGCAUACCUAUUGUUCUAUUUGAGACCUUCGUUGAUUUAUGCAGAUAGCAAUGCUCCCACUCAUCCAGUAGUAGAUAUUGCAAUGUUCUGUUGGAUUGGUCAUUACGCGAAAAGAUUGUUUGAAACUGUUUUUGUUCAUCGAUUUUCUCAUGGAACUAUGCCAAUUAGAAAUAUCUUCAAAAACUCGUUCUAUUAUUGGGGAUUUGCCGCAUACGUAGCCUAUUACAUUAAUCACCCAUUGUACACGCCGCCAGUUUUCGGCACAACUCAAAUUUACAUUGGAUUAGCUGGAUUUAUUAUAUGCGAACUGGGUAACCUGUCCAUCCACAUUGCUCUUCGAAAUUUGAGACCAGCCGGAUCAAAAGAAAGAAAAAUUCCUUAUCCCACAUCAAAUCCCUUUACGAUUCUCUUUAAUUUUGUUUCCUGCCCCAACUACACAUACGAAGUUGGAUCUUGGUUUUUCUUCACAAUUAUGACCCAAUCCAUACCUUCUGGUUUAUUCAUGUUCGCCGGUUUCUACCAAAUGGCUGUAUGGGCUGCUGGUAAACACAGAAAUUACAAGAGAGAAUUUAAGAAUUAUCCCAAAGGACGAAAACCAAUAAUACCAUUUCUUAUGUGAAAAUCUUAAUUUUCGAAAUAGUAAAUUUGCAAUUUAAAUAAAAUUGAACAAAGUCUAAAUCAAUACACAAAAUGAAACUUG